CCCGACUCGAGCACGCUCGCUCGCUUCGUAUGUGAUCAGCAGAGCAGCAUCGAGUCGUGUUGAGAGGCUGAAGCAGAUCCAUACUGCUAACAAUGGCUACAGCAAUGGAGGAUUUUGCACAGUCAGAUGUUGACCCCGAGAUGACUGUGUUGACAUCUGAAGAUAUUACAGAACAAAACCUUGAUGUUACUGAUGAAGUGGAGACCCUUCAAAACAGCUUACGCGAGGCUGUCCACGAUGAUAACGUCCGGCCUAAGAUGCAGUGCCUAAUGAUGGACUCCUCCUUCUCCAUGGUAACUAUGCAAGGGGAGGACAGCGGAAUCGCAUGGGAGACGACCCCCAGUCGCUGCACCACACCAUGGAUGUCUGAAGCUGGACUCCCCUCUGUGGAUCUCAGUGCAAUACAGCCUGCAACACCUGGGUCUCAUCCAGCAGGCAAAAUCAUUUUUGUCAUGGAUGAGGAGCUUAUCUCAAGAAGGAAGACAACCAAGGAGAGGGCAAGUGGGCCGAAAAGCAAAGCAGAUAGAAAGCGAGAAGUCCUGGCAGAAAGCUCUGAGAACAUCUCAGGGCGGCCAGAGUUAGUGGAAGUCUCUCAACCAAAUUUGAAAAGUGACGGAGAAGGAGACCAAGAGGAAACAACUGAUCCUCAGGAAGACAAAGAGCAGCAGCUGUUCAGCUUAGUGUCAGAAGGCUCUGAAAUCCUCAACAUUGUUGUUCCCCAAAAACUGGCCACCGUGGAUGAAGAAGUCAGCAAAGAAAUGGUGGACAAUCUUUCAUACCUGGAGGAAAGUGUUGUUCCUAAAGCUAGUGAGGAGAUCCAUGAAAAUGAGCUGCUGAUCUCAGUAGAAACGGGCCCAACAAUAGAUUACCAAGCCAGCCCCCGCCCUCCUGUGGAUCUAGAUUCCAUGGAUCCACCGGGAGCUCCGGUGGCCAGAAUGCAAAGCAGAGCAGCAGCAGGAAAUGUGGACUACUUUGAGGCAUUCGCCCUGAUUGAUGCUCAAGCUCCAGGAGGUCCUGCUGUGGCUGCAGGAGGACAGGUGGAACCAGAGGCAAAGACUGCUACUGAGAGUCAGUACACUGAGAAACAUGCACAGACUAAAGAAAGCACCAGCACCAAAGGUGCAGAUGUUGACAAGUCAGACACAAUCAGUCUGGUGGAACUUGCUAACGAGCUUUUAGAUGAAGUCUUUUAUGGCGGUACAGACGAAUACUUUCUGAAAGGUCCAGGGGCAACAGAUGGAGGUGGAGCAGCAGAAAGUGCACUAUCUAGGCUUCCCUCAAAACAGAGUGGUUCGAAUUUGUUUGGAAGCCAAGAAGAUGUCCUCACACCAAUCUUUCUACCCGAAGGGCCUCCGAAAAUUAUUGAUCCCAUUUUGCUGGAGGAACCCAAAGCCAUGGCCUUUCUUUAUACAGACCUUUACGAGGAAGCACUCGGCAGCCGGAAAAAAGAAGAAGACACUGAAAGUGUGACCUCGGAGAAGUCCUUCCACAGCAGGCAUUCAGACCGAGAGGCCAGGGGAUAUUUAGAGAAAUAUGUCCUGAUAGAUGAGACUCCUGUUGUGGAGGGGGAACCAACAGAUAAAGAAAAAUGCCCAGAGGAAGGACCUCGGAUAAUGUCCGAGGAUUUGUAUGAUCUUGAUGUUUUUGUGACCAAACCUGAAAAAGGAGAGGUGCCUAAUUCAGAGGAGGAUAUUACAGACUUCUUCAGGUCCAGCGCCAAUUCUUCUCCGUGCGACAUAGAGCCUUUCCCUCGACUUCUGGAAGAAGACGACACACAAACAGCAAAAAAGAGUAAAUCCAAGACAGUAAGGAGUGUGUCUAUAACAGCUGAAAAACCAACAGAAAUCCCAGUCGAUGAACUUAGCAUCUCUUGCUUUGAGUUUCCCUCAGAGGAAGCAGACUGGACAAGUAUAGAUGAUCAUCCCGCAGCCUUGGAAGAGAGCAAUGUCUGUGUUCGGGAUUUGUGGAAAAAAGAUUCAGAAAUAGACAAGCCAGUCGCUCCUCCUAGGAGAAAAGUAGCAUCCCCUCCUAAGACGUGUCUAGAUCUAACGCCUCUGACUCCAAUUGUGCAGGAAAACGAAGAGGCUGGAGGGAAGGAGCAAAGAGAGGAGGAGAAAGAGACGGCAUCGCCGGCAGAGACUGCUGAUGAAGGCGACGGAGAUGGAGAAGAGAAUGCGUUGGCUGUGGCCAAAACAGAAGCUGAAAGCGUACAGGACGGGAAUGAAGUGACCACCAGAGAUGAGAGAGAUGGAAAGCCAACUGAAGGAGAAAACCCCAAACCAGAAGAAGGAGAGAGAAGCCAGACCGAAACAGUUACAAAACAAACUGAACUAGAGACAGAUGUUAAGUCAUCAGAAACAGAUCCAACAGAGAACAAUGCUGAGAAACAAGAAGAUAGUUCGACAGUUUUUCCAACUGAGCAAGCCAAAAACAAAGGACAGUGUGUAAUACUUUAGUGCGCUACAGUCUUUUUCAAUAAACUUGGUAUUAAGUGCUGUAACAGAUCAAUAUCCAUAUUUGGGCUUAAAAUGUCAGUAAAUGUAAAGUGCAUUAAAUUAAGAUAAAUUCUUAAAGCUCAGAUUUGCAUAUAUAAUCAAAGUCUUAUCUAAAACCUUUGCCUUCAGAUUGAUCAUAUAUCCUUUGUCUCUGCAGGUGAAGCCAAACUGUCUGCCAAUAGCGCAUGAGUCAUAGCAUGAUUGAUGAGAGUGGUUCACAUGUGCAAAUAAAAAGGAUAAGCGUGCAUGUGUCGGUGUCUGUACGGUGUCAGGGUGCAUCUUCAGCUAUAAAUAAGCCCUUCUGGCCAUUAACUCGACACCUUAUCUAAACUGGGAGCCUGUGUUCCGCACAACCGCUUGUAAACAUCCAAGACAGAGUCUGUGAUCCGUGCAGAUGAGCCUAUUUACCUGUGGUUAUUCCUGACAAAUUAUCCACCCUGCAAAUCUUUGUUUAAUCACGGAUGUGCUUGGAACGUGAAACUUCUUGACAAUGUGCAUCCAUCGCUAAGCCAAAUGGGGUGUGAUGUUUUGCACCCUGUCAAAAUAAUCUGUAAUUAAAGAUCUUCAUCAAAUGUUAUAAAAUUUUGCAAAUGCUUUUUUUUUAAAAUUAUCAUAAAAAUGUUCAAAGGCAUUUAUAAAAGUUACGUAUAUUUCUCCUGCAUCAUCGAAAAGAUAUCUCCAACUUAACCAAACGUAGCUCGUUUUAGUCUGCUUUAGCACAGCUGUCUCAAAAUGAACAAAAUAUUCCCCAAUGUAUGCACAUA